GGACCUCAUAUGGAUUAUGGAUUCGCGACUAUUUAUGGAAGGCCACUGCCUGCGUAGAGCUCAGUUUUCGCUGCAAGUAUGUCCGGCCAAGUAGUAGUUACGCUCAUUGCUGCGCUCUGUGUGCUUUUGCCGUUGGCAUGGUGCAUGCCCAGCCAGACAACGCGGCCGGAGGCAGCGAUGACACGUCGUGAGAUCAUUAAGGACUUUGUGGCCAAAGUGCAGGCACUGAUAAUCGAAUUGAUAGAGAAACUAAAGGCGCUCAGUGCCCUCAGAUAGCAGACACAAUACAACCAAUAUAAACUGUAUAAAA